GGUAGGGCAGGACCGGGUGGACUUUGGCCAGACGGAGCCACACACAGUGCUUUUCCACGAGCCGGGCAGCUCCUCUGUGUUGGUGGGUGGCCGCAGCAAGGUCUACCUCUUCGACUUCCCCGAGGGCAAGAACGUGUCUGUGCACAAGGUGAACAUCGGCUCCACCAAGUGGUCUUGCCUGGACAAGCGGGACUGCGAGAACUACAUCACACUCCUGGAGAGGCGGAAUGAGUGGUUGCUGGUCUGUGGCACCAAUGCCCGGCACCCCAGCUGCUGGAAGCUGGUGAAUGGCACUGUGCUGCCUCUGGGUGAGAUGAGAGGCUACGCCCCCUUCAGCCCUGAUGAGAACUCCCUGGUUCUGUUUGACGGGGAAGAGGUGUACUCCACCAUCCGGAAGCAGGAAUACAAUGGGAAGAUCCCUCGGUUCCGCCGCAUCCAGGGCGAGAGUGAGCUGUACACCAGCGACACUGUCAUGCAGAACCCACAAUUCAUCAAGGCCACCAUCGUGCACCAAGACCAGGCCUACGAUGACAAGAUCUACUACUUCUUCCGGGAGGACAACCCUGACAAGAACCCAGAGGCCCCCCUCAAUGUGUCCCGGGUGGCCCAGCUGUGCAGAGGGGACCAGGGUGGCGAGAGUUCGCUGUCGGUCUCCAAGUGGAACACCUUCCUGAAAGCCAUGCUGGUGUGCAGCGACGCCGCCACCAACAAGAACUUCAACAGGCUGCAGGAUGUCUUCCUGCUUCCCGACCCCAGUGGCCAGUGGAGGGACACCAGGGUGUAUGGCGUUUUCUCCAACCCCUGGAACUACUCAGCAGUCUGUGUGUAUUCCCUGGGUGACAUUGACAAGGUCUUCCGCACCUCCUCACUCAAGGGCUACCACUCGAGCCUUCCCAACCCGAGGCCUGGCAAGUGCCUCCCACACCAGCAGCCCAUACCCACGGAGACCUUCCAGGUGGCAGACAGUCACCCUGAGGUGGCGCAGAGGGUGGAGCCCAUGGGACCUCUGAAGACGCCAUUGUUCCAUUCCAAGUACCAUUACCAGAAAGUGGUCGUGCACCGCAUGCAGGCCAGCCACGGGGAGACCUUUCACGUGCUUUACCUAACCACAGACAGGGGCACCAUCCACAAGGUGGUGGAGUCAGGGGAGCAGGAGCACAGCCUCGUCUUCAACAUCAUGGAGAUCCAGCCUUUCCGCCACGCGGCUGCCAUCCAGGCCAUGUUGCUGGAUGCUGAGCGGCGGAAGCUGUACGUGAGUUCCCAGUGGGAGGUGAGCCAGGUACCCCUGGACCUGUGUGAAGUCUACGGUGGGGGCUGCCACGGCUGCCUCAUGUCCCGAGACCCCUACUGUGGCUGGGACCAGGGCCGCUGCGUCUCCAUCUACAGCUCCCACCGGUCAGUGCUGCAGUCCAUUAACCCAGACGAGCCUCAUAAGGAGUGUCCCAACCCCAAACCAGACAAGGCCCCCCUACAGAAGGUUUCCCUGGCCCCGAACUCCCGCUACUACCUGAGCUGCCCCAUGGAGUCCCGCCACGCCACCUACUCGUGGCGCCACAAGGAGAACGUGGAGCAGAGCUGCGAGCCUGGCCACCAGAGCCCCAACUGCAUCCUGUUCAUUGAGAACCUCACGGCGCAGCAGUAUGGCCACUACUUCUGCGAGGCCCAGGAAGGCUCCUACUUCCGUGAGGCCCAGCACUGGCAGCUGCUGCCCGAGGAUGGCGCCAUGGCCGAGCACCUCAUGGGCCGGGCCCGCGCCCUGGCCACCUCUCUCUGGCUGGGGGUCCUGCCCACACUCACGCUUGGCCUUCUGGUCCACUAGGGCCUCCAGGGCUGGGCACGCCACAGGCUCCUGCAACCCAGGGGCGCUAUGAAGUCAUACUCAGAGCCGGCCGGCCUGGGAGCUCCCUGCCCGCUGCUUCUUCCAGAGGGACUGAGUAGCCCGAGGGCAGAUGUCCGGCCUGGUGACAUCCAGCCGCAGGCGGCUGCUGGGCCCCAGGUGGGGUGGGGGCGGGGGUCCGAGGGUGAGGGCGAUGACUGUGAAGCUGGGCAUCGAGGACCGAGGCUGGAUCUUCUGGAGAAGAUGUUUCAGAAAUUCCUCAAACGUGACUGGACGCAGUGAUGCUCCUGCCGGAGAACCUGGCGUCGGGGAGUGGGCUUAGAAAGGGGGCUGGGACCUCAUCUCGACCUUGGGGUUGAGGCCUGAGUCUUUCUGGACUCUGUUCCCAAGCGGCCCCCUUUCCUCGCUCCCCUGCGGCGGGCGGCUGGUGGUCCUGUGGACUCAGGGCACCGUCCGCCCGGCCCUGCCCUCCACAGCCCCUUACCGGCCCGGUCCCACUGGACAGCCGCCUUGCAUGUUUAUUGAAGGAUGUUUGCUUUCCGGACGGAAGGACGGAAAAAGCUCUAUUUUUAUGUUAGGCUUAUUUCAUGUUUAGCUACUUCCGACUGCAUCUGUAUGAAAAUACCAAAACUACAUGCUGGGGUG